CCUAAACCCUAGAUAAUAUAACGGAGUUGUCGAUGUUCAUGUAAUAAAGAAAAAAAAACCGCCACAGAAAAUGAUGAAGCAGAGCCCGUGCGAGACAAUGUUCUCGUUAGCCGCGGACCUUUCCAUUUCAUCGGAGAAGUCUCUCACCUCGUGGAGUGACGGGAGCCAAAGAGAGCCAAAGAUCAUGACCGUCGAUAAGCCAGGAGAGUAUACAGGCAUGUGCCGAUGGACGAUUGAGAGCUUCCCACGUGUUAAAGCUAAGGCACUGUGGAGCGAGUACUUCGAUGUAGGAGGCUACGAUUGUCGUCUCUUGGUUUACCCUAGAGGUGAUUCUCAAGCUCUUCCUGGUUACAUCAGCAUCUAUCUUCAGAUCAUGGACCCUCGUGGUACUACUUCUUCUCGUUAGGAUUGUUUCGCUAGCUACCGUCUCUCUAUCGUUAACCAUGUCGAUGAUUCUCUAACAAUCCAUAAGGACUCUUGGCAUAGAUUCUCUAGUAAGAAGAAAUCACAUGGAUGGUGUGAUUUCGCCUUAAACUCGAGUAUUUUGGAUCCUAAGAUGGGUUUUUUGUUUAACAAGGAUUCCUUGCUUAUCACGGCUGAUAUAUUAUUUCUGAAUGAGUCUGUCAGCUUUAGUUUUGAUAAUAACAAUGAGGAGAAUUUCAUAGCUGGACCAAUGCCUGAUGCGUUGAGUGGGGAGUUCACUUGGAAGGUACAGAAUUUUAGUUUGUUUAAGGAAAUGUUAAAGUCUCAGAAGAUAAUGAGCCCUGCUUUCCCAGCUGGGGAGUGUAACUUUAGGAUCAGUAUUUACCAGAGUGAGACUAAUUCACAAGAAUACAUAUCAAUGUGUCUCGAGAGUAAAGCUGCCGAGAAGGCUUUGGUAUCAGACAGAAGUAGUUGGUGUUUGUUUAGGAUGUCAGCUUUGAACCAGAAGACUGAGUGCACUCACAUGCAUAGAGAUUCUUAUGGGAGGUUUGCUGCUGAUAAUAAGAACGGGGACAAUACAAGUCUCGGCUGGAACGAUUACAUGAAGAUGUCUGAAUUUGUAAACCCGGAAGUAGGGUCUUUACUCGAUGACACGGCUGUCUUUAGAGCCUCAUUUCAUGUUAUCAAAGAGUUCAGUAGCUUUACUACGAAUGAGACUGGACACAUGGGAAAAUUCACUUGGAGAGUUGAGAAUUUCACAAGGUUUAAUGAUCUUCUUAAGAAGAGGGAGAUAACCGGUCUUUGCAUCAAAAGUAAGAGGUUUCAAAUUGGGAACCGAGAUUGUCGGCUUAUUGUUUAUCCCCGAGGGCAGUCCAAGCCACCAUCCCAUCUUUCAGUAUUUCUUGAAGUAACAGAUUCAAGAAGCUCAAGUGACUGGAGCUGUUUUAUUAGCCACAAGCUAUCAGUUGUGAACCAGAGGUUGGAGGAGAAGUCGGUGAUAAUGGAAUCUCAGAAUCGUUACUCGAAAGCUGAAAAGGAUUGGGGUUGGCGUGAAUCUGUGACACUUACUAGUUUGUUAGAUGAAGAAUCUGGAUUUCUUGUUCAAGACUCUAUUGUAUUCUCCGGUGAGGUUCUUUUGUUGAAAGAGACAUCUUUAACAAGAGAGUACGUGGAUGCUAAUUCAGUUUCACAGAAUGAGAAAAAAAUUUCAUUUACUUGGAAAGUGGAGAAUUUCUUAGCCUUCAAGGAAAUAAUGGAAACAAGAAAGAUUUUUAGCAAAUUCUUUAAGGCUGGUGGAUGUGACCUUCGAAUUAGUGUAUACGAGUGUGUUCAGACCAUAUGCAUAUAUUUAGAGAGUGAUCAGUCUGCAGCUGGUACAGAUGUUGAAAACAAUUUCUUGAUUAAGUUCAAGAUGGGUAUUCUGAACCAAAUGAAUCCGGAUAAAAGUGUGUGGAAGGAGUCAUCUAUACGUACCAAGACAUGGAAUUAUUCUGUCCUAAAGUUUAUGAAUAUGCCUGAUAUGUUAGAGCCUGAUUCCGGGUUUUUUGUGCGUGACGCUGUUGUUUUUGUGUGUGAAAUAUUGGAUUUUUCAGACCUAAAGGGGUUGGCUUCAGAUGGUGAUCAAGAUGCCUUAACCACCAGUCCUGAUGAAAGUGAGGAAGACACAUUCCGAGAUUUUCUUUCGAGAGCUGGAGUCCAUCUCACGUUUGGAGAGAAUUCUUCCCAACCACAAGUUACUCUCCUAGAAAAGCAUAUAAUGGAUGCGGAUGCCAUUGCUGGUUUACUUAAUGACUUGCGUGUUUAUCUUGAUGAUCCAACUAAAGUAAAACGUAUGCUUCUUCCGACUAAAACAUCAUGUAGUGAUAGAAGCAAGCUAACAAAGAGUGAUGAAUCUUCACUCAGCCUGAUGAGUUUGAUGAUGGGUGUUAAAGUUCUACAGCAUGCAAUUAUUGAUAUACUUCUAGAUAUAAUGGUUGAGUGUUGCAAUACUUCGGAGGAAGGGUCUCAUUGCGAUGGCUGCGUGGCUGCAACUUCGGAGACAAAGUAGUCAGAACAGUCAGAGGAACUAUUGGAACUAAUUGUUAAUUCACUAAAAACAGUUGAUGAUGCGGCUGUUCCACAAGGUUUUCCGGAAGAGAAAAGACCACCAGACUCUGCUCAAAAGAUUGCUCUUAUUUUAGAUAGAGCCCCCAAACAUUUGCAACAAGAUUUGGUUAGUCUGGUUCCCAAAUUAGUUGAGAACUCAUACCAUCCACUGGCUGUCUAUGCACUUAUUGAAUGGCUUCAAAAGCCUAAAGUCGAACCAGCACUGCGUGAACCAGUAUACAAUGCUCUUAGCCAGUUAGAAUGCGCCAGUGAAGUGUGUGAGUGCAUUCUACUUAAGUCAUAUGAGCUUCUAAGUAACUCAAAUGAGGAGUCUCUUGUGGCGACCAUUCCUUUCAUACUUAAAACUGCUUCCAAGUGCCAACAACUACCUGAAGCCGUAAGGUUAGUUAGUGAGCGACCUAAAAGUCUUGGUGCUGAUAUUGCCGAAAUGAUACUUAAGUACAAAAACUGUGACGACAGUCUACGCAACUUCUGAUUCAGGCCAUUUUCUUUGGGGUUUUGUUUUUGUAUUUCUAGAUUUGGAGUUUUGGUUUUAAGAUUUACAUAUUAUUCUAUUUUAUCAAUUUAUCACUAUGUUGAGAUAUGAAAUUUGUUGUCAGGAUUAUCAGGUUUUGUUAUGCCAUGUGCAAUUCAAAGGUUUAGCCAAAAUCUUGAGAAAUCUUCCAUUAUGUUUGGGAAGA